ACUUUAGUUGCCGGCCUACAUACAUAUGUAGCCAAUCCAUGCAGAUCCUCAAGUACUCUAAUCUUCGCAUCGGUACCUCCCUAACGAUUUCGAACUAUCCCUGACCUAUCAUGGAGUCUUCCGCCCUCACCCCAGAAGACUACAAGGCCCUCGAGGCGACGAGGCUGCGGCUCAUGCAGAUCUCUAGUGCUAUUGGCACCCUCAAGGCGAACGUUUUAUCUAGCAAUCCGCUUCCAAACCUGGAAUCGCUUCAGAACCAUGCAGAUAUUCUACAAGGCAAGAUUCAGAGCGUCCUCAGCGUCAUGAUGCCUAUGGCAGACACCUUCAACCGUAUCGUGGUCCACCCUUCUACGAAUUUCCCUGGUCGCACCCAGGAGCAGAUACUCCUACAGCUGUUACGAAAGAAGCCAGAACCAGACGUCGCGACGGCGAUGGGAGAGGGAAGAAAGAUUUUCGCAGGAUUGACUCAAGCAUCAGAUCCCUCCGAUGCACACGCCAAUGCCGAGACGGGUAGCGGGAAGGGGGUCGAGGAAUUAGAAGCUGUAUGGGCAUCGACACGAGAGUUCUUCCAAAACCGCCUCGCGGAAUAUGUACAGGGCGAGGGAGAUGAUAUGUUCACGGAGGAAGAGCGCGCGCGGGGGGUCGAGAACGUGCGGACGGGGCUUAAGAGAUCGCUGCUGGAGGACGAGGAUGAGGAAGAAGACGAUAGUGACGACGACGUAAUGGAGAUUGAUCGACCGCCGCCCCCGCCGGCACCUGGCGUCGCGACUCAAGAGGUCGAUGGCGCAGCGCUGGAAAGUGUCAUGCGAUUCGCGGCGAGGGGCGAGUUUGUUUCUCGGUGAGAAUCCUGUGCGCUUAUUGGUGGCAUAGCGAUAUUUCUCCGAGUCCCAAGGGUUUGAUGUGAUGAGUUCCUAUGGGUACCACUUUUAAGACGGCUUUCGAGCGGGCGCUUAUAAUUAUAUGGGCGGCUUUACAUACGAGUC